GGCCCCCCCGGGGCAGGGAGGGAAGGAAGGAGCCCCUCUGCCUUGCCUUGGAGGGAAGGGGCCGGGGCCAGGAAAGUGCCCCCUUUGCCUUUGCUUCAGGGAGGAUGGAGGCCCUGCCGCCCCGCUCCGCGCCCCAGGCCUGGAGCUGCCUGGGCCCAGCCCAGCCUCCUCCCGCCGCUGCCCCAGGCUGGCUCUGCCCAGUGGCUUCGCCUGGGGCGCCCUUGGGCUGGGCCUGGGCCCCUCGGCCUUCCUUUGGGGACCGGAGACUAGAGGCCGCCUCCUCCUCCUUCCCGGGUCACAGGCCGAGGAGGCGGGCCUUCCUUCCUUGCCUGCCUGCCUGCCUUCCUUCCUUCCUUCCUCGGGGGCGAGGAGGAUGGCGGGCCCCGGGCGGGGCGGGGGCGGGGGCUGGUUCCGCUGGGGCUUCCUGCUGGAGGCGGCGUCGGGGCUUCCGUCGGUGGCGCUGGGUCCGGAGCGGCUGCUACCCGGAGAGGGAGAGGGAGAGGCCCAGGGCCGGGUGCUGGCGGUGCGGCCCAGCUGGAGCUUCCUGGCGCUGCUCCUCGACGCCGGCCCGGGCUCGUCGUCUUCCUGGGUGGAGUUCCGCGGAGGCGGCGCGGGGCGGCGGAGGCUCCCGGGAGAGGCCCGCGGGGCGUUGCCCUCCGAGAGCCACCUGCUGCUGCUGCGGGAGGACGCCCUGGAGGCCUGGCCGCUGGCUCUCGGGGAAGGAGGCCUCUCCCUGGCCCAGGAGCCCCUCUGGCGGAGGGAGGCCCAGGACCCCGGGCAGGACCCCGCAGCCAUCGCCCGAGGGCUGCCUCUGUUCCCCGGGGGCUUCGUGGCGCCUCACCCGCCCUUCUUCUGGCCGCUGCGGGGCUCCUUCCUCCGGGCGGAAAGGCUGGCCCUGGGCCUGGAACACGCCCUGCUCCUCCUGGCCGACGGAGGGGGCCUCUUCUCCUGGGGAGGCGGAAGGCACGGUCAGCUGGGCCACGGGGGCCUGGAGAGCCUGUCGGAGCCGGAGCCCGUGGAGGCCUUGCAGGGGCUGCUGGUGGAAGCGGUGGCUGCAGGAGGGUGGCACUCGGCAGCCCUGACAGACGCAGGGGACCUCUAUCUCUGGGGCUGGAAUGAGGCUGGACAGCUGGCCCUGCCCUCCAAGGCCCUGGCCAAGGUGGAGGACCAGGACGGCACAGGGGGUGCUGAGAAGGGGCCACUGGAUCCCCUGGACGCCACCUUCGUCUCGAUCCAGGCCUUUCCGGCUCUGCUGGACCUACCAGACGAAGCAGAAGUCCUCAAGGUCAGCUGUGGAUCCAGGCACACGGCCGCCUUGACCCGCACCGGGGAUCUCUACACCUGGGGCUGGGGUCAAUACGGCCAGCUGGGCCACGGCGAUACAGCUAGCUCAGACCGGCCCAGGAAAGUUGGCUGCUUUGCAGACUGGGACCUUUGUGUGGUCGACGUCACCUGCGGGCCGUGGGCCACCUAUGUCCAGGCUGAUAGGAGGACAACAGACCCGAGCCUGGACCGACCGGAGGCCUGAGCAGCACCCAGCCAGAAGGCCGCUGGGUUCAAGGGACACUGGAGGUCAAGCCCAGGAAGAACGGGAUCCACACAAACUUUUCCUAGCUGCACACUUCCGAGGUUCUUACAGAAGACAGGUCUUGGUGCACAGGUGACGCAACACAAGUACAGAAAUUGUAAUAUAUUUUUAUUUUGAUUAAUAAUAAUAAGUCACCUUAGCAUAUUUUAACGAAGAGCUAAACUGAACGAGGCAAGCCAAAGGGGCGCUGGGUGGCCAUUUCUUUGGCCAGGAGACAGUCAAACUGUCAGGGCAGCAGGACAUGCGGAGGCGGUGGCCAAAGGCCCAAAUUUAAAGUAUAUACAGCAGACAUUUCAGUAGCUAGAUCAACAGCGGAUAAACAAAAGAGAAACAUAUACUUGCAAAAUAAAUAAGUCUUGUAGUGAAA